UCUCCCUUCCCAGCGAAUAACUCCCAGAGGGUGGCAGCUGCCUCUUCCCUCCAGUCCCCCAAUCUCCAUCCUGCACACCGUCUCAGGCACCCUCCUAGGACAGUCCUGGGAGCAGGGAUGAGCAGCAGCUGCAGUAACAUGCCAGGGAGGACAGCUUCACCCCCAAAAUCCUCUCUGGGCAGAGUUCACUCUCCAUCCAACUGAAGUCACAGCCAUUGCACUUUUCCUGCGGAUCUCUCCUAAGGGUCUGGAUGACAGGGUUCUAGAUACAGUACCCCCACCCCAGUGCCCCCCACCCCCUACCCCUAGCAUCUGCCAAGUUGUGCAUCAGACCCACCAACACCUUGCACUGGCUGCAGAGCUGCAAUCCCCCAUCCAGCAGCAGUUGCAGCAGUUCCCCUCAUCUUAUGUGCUGGGAGACAGCUGAGUUUGGUUCCCCUCCUCUGUGUGUGGCUGUGUGGAUGCAUUUUAUCCAUGCCUCCCCCCUUCUCCUCCCCUCCUCUCCCUCUCUCUCUUUUUUUCCUCUCCUCUCACACUCUCUCCCCCACUCUCUCACUCUCUUCCUCUCACUCUAAUGUGUGAUCUGGAAAGCUUAUAAAAGCCUGAUGUAAUUCUUAAUGCAGCCCCUGGCUACAAGGACUGGGUCUAGAUUCACAGAGUAGCAAGAAGAAGAAAAAAAAAGAAGAAAUUAAACAACAAAAAAAAAAAAAAAAGAAAGAAAAGAAAAGGAAAGACGAUCAGGGAAGCAGCGGAUCUUCUGCAAACAUCUCCCCGGGAAGCCCAGGUUAUUUGCUGUAUGCCUGUCAGGGGAGCUCCGUUCUGUGUCCCUGGAGAAGACUUGGUGCUAUUGGAUGUAACCAUUUCUUGGCUGUUAUUUUGUUAGAGGAUGUGAUCUGCCGCUGAAGGUUCUCUCUCCAUCUCUGCUGGGGAAGUUUAGGCAGCAGGGCUGCUCUCUGUGCGGAGACUUUUGCUGGUGGCAAUGGAUUCCAAUGGGCUCCCUAUUUAAUACCUGGAAUUUGCAUUAGAGGGAAAGGAAUUUCUUCCAGCGCCAGAAUCCCAGGUUCCCCUCUGCGGCCACAAGGGGGCGCAGGAGACAACGCUGCUGAUCCCGGGCUGACUUCUGCACCAGCCUCAUAAAGUGUCUCCUCUCCUGCUGCACCUGUUAUGUCCGAGCCCUGGCCCCAGCCUGACAAUUCCCUGCACUUCCAGAGGACCAGAGACCUAGGAUGAUGAGCACUGAGCCCCCCCACAGCCUGCUGUUCAUGCUCCCCCUCCUCUCUGUGUGGACUGCAGCCAGCCUGGACCUGGGACCCCAUUCCUGCACCACCCAAGUGCAGGGGGAGUUCUAUGGGAAUUUCUCCUCUCUGUCCCUCUUCCCUCUGAACUCUUCCCUGUGCGCCUGGAUCAUCCAGAACCCGGACCCCAGGAGGUACACCCUGUAUGUCAAGGUCUCCAAGCCCCCGGGCAUAUGCGACCAGCAGCAGAUCAGGACCUCUCAGUUUGACUCCUUCCUGGCCUCCACACGCACCUACCUGGGCAUGGAGAGCUUUGAUGAUGUGCUGAAGCUCUGCGACCACUCUGUGGCUCAUGCCUUCCUCCAGUCCAACAAGCAGUUCCUGCAGAUGAAGCAGACCUCUGCCAGCAGGGGAGACCCCCACUCCCCAGCAAAGACCCCCACUCCCCAGCAGACUGAGUUCUCCCUGGAGUACCUGGUGGUGGGGAACAGGAACCCCCGGAAAGCUGCCUGCCAGAUGCUCUGUGAGUGGUCCAAGACUUGCCUGACCAACAGCAGCAGCUUUCACCCCUGUGGCAUCAUGCAGACCCCCUGCCCGUGCCAGGAAGGGGGGUCCCAGGCCCACCCCAGUGAGAUUACAGGCUUCACCAGGAAGGAGGAUUGCUACAAGGAUGGGAUAUACCUGGAGAACUGCAUGGGCAGCUCAAGGGACAACAGUGGAGGAGAACUUCAGGGUGGAUGGAACGCAUGGACCUCCUGGGGGGACUGUAACAGGGACUGUGGGGGUGGGCUGCAGACCAGAACAAGGACGUGUCAGUCGCUGCCUGAUGAAGGACACCUCUGCGAAGGCGUUCUGGAGGAGGGGCGACUGUGCAACAGAAAGGCGUGCAUUGCCGGUGGCAGAUAUGACUCCAGGAGUCAGUCUUUGAGGUCCAUCGACAACAAGAAGAAGGACGAGGCAGAGGAACAAUACCAGUUUGGUUACCCAGCUCCUCAGAUAGGAGACCCGGCGGCGGAAGAGUGGUCACCCUGGAGCGUGUGUUCUACCACCUGCGGAGAGGGGCUGAAGUCCAGGACCAGGUUCUGUGUCUCCUCCUCGUACAGUACACACUGCAGCGGGCCUCUGAAGGAGCACAAGCAAUGUAAUAACUCCGCCGUGUGUCCAGUGCACGGUUCCUGGGAUGAGUGGUCACCGUGGAGUUUGUGCUCAUCCACGUGUGGGAGGGGGUACAGGGAGAGGACCCGCACCUGUAGCCAACCUCUGUUCGGGGGUGAAGAUUGCAAGGGACCUGAGAAGCAGACCAAGUUCUGUAACAUCGCUUUGUGUCCAGUGGAUGGUAAUUGGAACGAAUGGUCCAGCUGGAGCGCCUGUUCCGCCACUUGCUCCAAUGGGACCCAGAAAAGGAUCCGGGAGUGUAAUGGACCCUCCUAUGGUGGCUCGGAGUGUCACGGCCAGUGGUCGGACACUAGAGACUGCUUCUUAACACAGUGUCCUGUGGAUGGGAAGUGGCAGUCCUGGGGGCCGUGGGGGGGCUGCAGCGCCACAUGCGAUGGAGGGGCGCAGAAGAGAGAGCGCGUCUGCUAUGGGCCAUUUUUCGAUGGGGAAUCUUGCCCGGGAGACGCUGAGGAAAGCAAAGCGUGUAAUGAGAAAAGGUGCCCGGAACCUCAUGAAAUUUGUCCUGAGGAUAAUUUAGCUUCUGUUGUUUGGCAACCAAAUCCGGCGGGAGAGACGGCUGAGGCUCGGUGCCCCCGGAACGCCACAGGGCUCAUCCUCCGAAAAUGUGUCUUGGAUGAAGUAGGGGAAGCGUACUGGGAGGUCCCGACAUACAUAAAAUGCGUCUCCCUUGACUACAGGAAUAUUCAACAGAUGAUCAGGGAUCACCUCUCUAAAGCUCAGAGGGGUCAGAAAGGAGAAGGGGUCUCAGGGGUCUUACAGAACCUGGUGGAAGUCACCCAAGAAGGGGCCAGUUAUAGUGGAGACAUUUUAUCCACUGUGGAGAGUUUGAGGAACAUGACCGAGAUCUUCCGCCGGCCCUACCACAACCCCUCCUCCAAUGAUGUCCAGAACUUUGUGCAGAUUAUCAGCAACUUGCUCUCCGACGAAAACAGGGACAAAUGGGAAGAGGCCCAGACGGUGGGGUUGAGCGUCAAAGAUCUGUUCAGGCUGAUCGAAGAUUUCAUUGAUGUCAUUGGUUUUCGAAUGAAGGAUUUCAAGGAUUCUUACCAAGUGACGGACAACUUGGUCCUCAGUGUCUACAAGCGACCGGUCAACAGUCCAACUGACAUCAGCUUCCCGAUGAAAGGGUGGAGGGGAAUGGUGGAGUGGGCUCGAGCCUCGGAGGACAAAGUGUCUAUUUCCAAGAACUUUCUUUCUACUGAAGACACAGAUACAGAAGAUUCUUCGAUGUUUGUCAUCGGAACAGUGCUCUACCGGAACCUGGGCAGCUUCCUGUCCUUGCAAAGGAACAACACCGUGUUGAACUCUAAGGUCAUCUCUGUUACAGUCAAGCCGUCGCCGCGUUCUCCUUCCGUCCCCCUGGAUAUUGAAUUUUCCCACUUAUACAAUGGAACCGCUAACCAAACCUGCAUCAUCUGGGACGAAACCGACACAUCCUCUAAUCUCGGUGCCUGGUCUUUCAAAGGCUGUCGUACAGUCCCCGUGGAUUCAUUCCGUACUAAAUGCUCCUGUGAUCGCUUAUCCAGCUUCGCCAUUUUAUCCCAGCUCAGUACAGACAUGAAUAUGGAGAAGGUUCUCGUCCCAUCCGUCACGCUCAUCGUCGGCUGCGGGGUCUCCUCACUCACGCUCCUGCUUCUGAUAAUCAUCUAUGUCUCUGUGUGGAGGUAUAUUCGGUCCGAACGCUCUGUCAUAUUAAUCAACUUCUGCUUGUCCAUCAUUUCUUCAAAUGCCUUAAUACUUGUGGGGCAGACACAGACCAGAAACAAGGUAAUAUGUACCCUGGUGGCCGCCUUCCUCCACUUCUUCUUCCUGUCCUCCUUCUGCUGGGUGCUGACAGAAGCCUGGCAAUCCUACAUGGCCGUGACGGGGCGGCUCCGCAACAGGAUCAUCCGAAAGCGUUUCCUGUGCUUGGGAUGGGGUCUCCCAGCUCUGGUAGUGGCCAUAUCUGUUGGGUUUACAAAGGCGAAGGGCUACGGAUCGGCCAACUAUUGCUGGCUGUCUCUGGAAGGAGGGCUCCUGUACGCGUUUGUGGGACCGGCCGCCGCUGUUGUUUUGGUAAACAUGGUGAUUGGGAUUUUGGUGUUUAAUAAACUGGUGUCUAAAGACGGGAUAACAGACAAGAAGCUGAAGGAGCGGGCGGGUAUUGUUGAUUUUAAUUGCAGUCAGAUGACAAUGCCUCUAUACGGCAUGACCCUCAAAUGUUCCAAGUGUGGGGUAGUCUCCUCCGCAGAAGUGUCGGCCACAGCCACCAGUAACGCCAUGGCCUCGCUGUGGAGCUCGUGUGUGGUGUUACCGCUGUUGGCGCUGACUUGGAUGUCCGCAGUUCUCGCCAUCACAGACCGGCGCUCAGCCCUCUUCCAAAUCUUGUUUGCGGUCUUCGAUUCCUUGGAAGGUUUUGUCAUAGUCAUGGUGCAUUGCAUACUGCGGCGAGAGGUCCAGGAUGCGGUGAAGUGUCGAGUUGUUGAUCGGCAAGAGGAAGGCAACGGAGACUCCGGCGGCUCCUUUCAGAACGGACACGCUCAGUUAAUGCUAGAAGAAGCCAACAAUCCCUACAUCUGCACCGCCAUGGUGGGCCUGAAAGAGAAGAAAGUAACGUCUGAAUUUGAAAAAGAUGUGGACAUAGCCUGCAGAUCAGUACUCAACAAAGACAUCUCAGCCUGUCGGACGUCCACCAUAACGGGGACGCUGAAGCGCCCUUCUCUGCAGGACGAAGAGAAGAUGAAGAUGAACCAUCAAAAGGGAUCGAACUUCAACAGUCUUCCAUCCAACGUGUCGAAGAUGCACCUGCAAAGCUCUCCGCACUAUCUCGGAAGCAUCAAUCUCAACGAGUACAACAAUCACACGCUCACCCUGAAAAAGGACAAAAGCCAGCCCCCCAAACCCAUAUACAUGUGUGAGGGGGACAUCUUCAAAAAGCUGGACUCAGAACUGACCAGAGCGCAGGAACAGUCCAUGGAGGCCAACUACGUCAUAUUGCCCAGUAACACGGCCACCCUCAGGGCAAAGCCAAAGGAGGACAGCAAGUAUAGCAUUAACAUUGACCAGAUGCCGCAGACCAGACUCAUACAUCUCAACAUGGCGGAUCCCAACUACAUGGUGAAAAGCCCUCCGAGGGAACGCCUGGGGAUGAAGUGUGCCGAGCAGGCGUCGCCCAUGCUGAAGCACCAAUUGCACCCCAGCGAGUCACAAAUCCCUAUCGGCCUCUGCGAAAAGGCAGAAUUAGGGAUGAUUGUGCCAAAGAGUGAGACCAUCUCUACACUUUCAAUGAGCUCUUUAGAGAGACGAAAAUCCCGCUAUGCCGAAUUAGAUUUCGAGAAAAUCAUGCACACCAGAAAGCGCCAUCAGGAUAUGUUUCAAGAUUUAAACCGAAAGCUACAACAUGCGGAGAAAGAAAAGGAGUCGCCUACAGCAGAGAGCAAGAUAGAAAAACAGACGACACCCAGCAAGAGGUCUUGGGAAGGAAUGAGGAAGAUCCAGUCUCCCCCAUCUUGGGUUAAAAAGGACAUGGAGCCUGUGCCCCCUUCUCCCUUAGAACUAAAGACUGUGGAGUGGGAGAAAACAGGGGCGACGAUACCCCUGGUGGGGCAAGACAUAAUUGACCUUCAGACUGAGGUCUGAAGCUAAAGAAAGAGACUUCUUUUUAUUUUUGAAGAAUAUGAUUCCAUAUAAAACGGAGAGAUGUUUGGUUUCUUUUGAAACCUUGUUAAAGUACUUUUUUGCAUUGUUCUCGGAAGGGAAAUUCCGCUAGACUCUUAGAGGUAGGCGCAACGUGCUCUCUCCCGGUUUCGGCAGAGAUGAUGUCACGGGUAAACGGUCAAAGUGACGAGGUUUCAGCGGAUGAAGAUCAACGUCAAGACAGCCACCGACCUUUGGAGAUGACGCUGAGGAAUUGCUGGGGUUGGCUGGCAAAUAUUCACAAUGUCACCUAGACAAACCUGCUCAAUAACUUCCCAUAGAAAUUAACAAUUGCAUAACACUUUGGUUUAGAAUAAAAAGAGCUCUCGGGCCAGCACCCUAAAUCUUCAGUGAUGCUUAUUAUCUUCAAGCAAUAUGUUUAGGUUCAAUUAACCAUGUCGGCUAGAGCUGGCCCAGCACAGAGGGUAGUAGCCAAAGGAAAUCUCCGUCAUUUCUUGACUAGUCUGAGUAGAUAGUACCAAAUACAAUUAACCCCCAGCAGAUUGAGGCUUUAAACCUAGAGCAAACGAAGGUAAUAUAUGGAAUGGAUGUUUUUGACUGUUAUAAAGAGAACCGUGUACGAUUACCUUCUGAUUACCCAAUCUUCACUAUCUGCUCGGUCCAGCAGAUGCUUUGCUAUAGGAAGAUUGUUAUCAACAGAAAUGUUAAUAUAUAUAUAUAGUUUUGUAACACGGGUUGUGGGGUUUGACAGACUGCUUAGAACCAUAAGCUAUGGAGUACAAAUAAAAGUGUUCCCAAACUUCAGAGCACUUGUUUCUUUGCUAUUCUCGUAUCCGAGAAUCUUUCCAUUUGACCCAAGGAUUCGGAAUGGUUGCACGAAGGCCGCCGGCUCUCCCGGAGGCCGCCGAGCUGCGCAAGGCCUCACCCUACAGCCGUUUUAUUGCGCCAUGGAUCUCUCGUUGAAGAGGUUCAUGGUGUCCGAGAACAGAGGAUGGAAACUGAUACCACAGUGACUUCUCUUGGUGUUUGUGUGUCAAUGGGAAGAGAUGCAUAAGUCAAUCUCAAAGCAAGUUGCUUGAUAUGCAAGCAUUUUUUUAAUUUUAUUUGGGCCAGUGUUUUAUUUUUUUAUUUUUUUUUAUUUUCAUUUAAAUGACAUUUAUCUUGUCAUUAACUGUAUAUUAAAUAAAUCAAUAAAUGUUUAAAAGAAUCUAAAAAUCCAAAAUAGUGAAUAAAAGAGAUAAAAUAAAUACUUAAAACUGUGAUGUAAUUGUCAAAUUUUAGAUUAUAUAUACAAAGAGAAAGCACAAGGCAGAAAAUGCCGUGUUGUAUAAUAUUGUAAUUAUUAUAAUUACACAUAAUGAAUUUUACCAUAUAAAUAUCUUUAUACUGUCUUUUAAUUUUUUUUUUAACACUCGAAUCCCUUUAGGCCAUCAAGUCCCCAAACAUAGCUGUGUUAUGUAAUAACUAUGUAUUUGUUUAAUAACUGUUGAGAUUAAAAAAAAAAAUCAUUUUUUUUAUUUUUAUUUUAGUUUUUAUUACCCUCCCCCGCAAUUCCUCUGGUUAAAUUUAUUUUAUUUUUUUUCCAAUCUGUGUUUGUCGGGUUUUUUUGUACAGUUUUCAGAGCACAAAUGAACGUGUUUUAUUUCUAAUAAAAAAGUGUAAACAACA